CAUGCGUGGUGUUAGGCGGCCGGCGAUGGCGGCAGCGAGACCGGAAUCGCAGGAGCUGGGUUUGUCAGCCGCCUGGAAUCGGCUGAGUGUCGGUUUGGCACCCGGCUCCCUCGGCUUGGAUGUUCCUGGAUUGGAAAGUCAUGAGUUACUUGAGGGUGAACUACGAACUGCAUUGGAAAUUUUAUGCCACUAUGGUUUGCAAUCAGUGCUUGUGGAAUGGUUUAUGGAGGUGCUACAGAUAGACCUUCAGGAAAAAAUUGCAGCAGAGUUCUGGGACUUUCUUACACAAAGGGAGAACAUGGUGACAGAACAACAGCGCUCAAAGCUUCUGCACGAUGCGUUUUGUACACUAAAUCAGAGGCUAGCACCGUAUCUACGUAGCCUGAAGUAUUUGGAGACUUGGCUUGAAGAAGGACUGAUUAACACUGUGGGACCUGGAACACUCAGGGACAAAGUCUACAACAUGGUUAAAGCUGUGUUAUUCUUCUCAAGUGUUCAACCCUUCCAGGAGAUUAUACAUGAGUUUUACACUCGUGCUUUCAGUAUCUAUGUUCACCGUGACAGGAGAAAUAGUUUGAGUGAAGAUGAUGAAGAAACUGUAGAUGAAAUGGAACUGAUGACAUGUGCGGGCUGCUGUUCAGAGAAAGAGAAGUGCUGGUGUAGCACUGCAAUGGAACAGUUUACAGAGGUCAAUCGUAUAUUGCAUUCACUGAACCUAUUAGAACGCAUCAGUGCUGAUGCCAUCACCACCAUCCUGCACAAGAUGAUAGAGGAGCGCGUGGGAAGGUUGUGUCGUGGAGAGUAUGAAAAUUCCUUUCUGUCUCAGCUUGAGGAGUGGUUGGAGACGAAAGUGAUUUGUUGGCUGAGCAUGGUUUUCCUGCAGAAGGCCAGCAUUAAAUCAGCUUCUCCUCAGACAAGCAGCACACUGCAACGCUGGAGAAUACAUCUGCAAUUUUUCCUCUAUCAAGUUUAUGCUAAUAUGAGGAUUGAGGAACUCUUCAGCAUCAUUCGAGACUUCCCAGAAUCCAAGGCUGCAUUGCAGGACCUGAAAGUUUGUCUUGAAAGGACCAAUCAGAGGCAACAAUUGCUUUCAUCACUGAAAAUGGCCCUGGAGACCCGGCUUCUCCACCCAGGAGUGAAUACUGCUGAUGUGAUAACAUUGUACAUUUCUGCCAUCAAAGCCCUUCGUGAGUUGGACCCAUCCAUGGUAAUUUUGGAGGUGGUAUGCGAGCCAGUACGCAAGUAUCUAAGGACUCGUGAGGAUACUGUGAGACAGAUUGUAGCAGGUUUGACUGAUGAUUCAGAGGGUUCAAGUGAUCUUGCGAACGAACUCUCAAAAGCAGAUCCAAUCACUUUGGAGCACGGACAAGACAGUGAUGAUGACAUGUCUGAUCCAGAAAACUGGCUUCCUGAUCCUAUUGAUGCAGAUCCAGGGAAAUGUGGUUCUAAGCGCAGGUCUUCUGAUAUUAUUACCUUGUUGGUCAGCAUUUAUGGCAGCAAAGAGCUUUUCAUCAAUGAAUAUCGCACUCUCCUGGCUGACCGAAUACUCCAUCAUUUCAGCUAUAUCACAUGCAGGGAGAUACGAAACCUGGAGCUACUGAAGCUACGCUUUGGAGAGGCUCAGAUGCACUUUUGUGAAGUCAUGCUGAAGGAUGUAGCAGAUUCUCGACGGAUAAACAGCCAUAUUCAUGAGGAGGAACAAGAAGGCCCCUUACACCUAAAUGCAAUGAUACUCUCUGGUGAGUUUUGGCCUCCAUUGAAAGAGGAGAAACUAGAGCUCCCUCCUGAAGUGAAGGAAGCAAUGGAUGCUUAUACCAAGAAGUAUGAGAAGUUAAAAGCCAUGAGGUCUUUGAACUGGAAACCUCACUUGGGAAACGCUGAUCUGGAGAUUGAGCUGGCAGAUCGAACCUUGUCUGUGUCUGUUUCCCCCGUCCAUGCGGCCAUUAUAAUGCACUUCCAACAGAAAAGUACCUGGACUCUGGAGGAACUUAGUGAUGUCCUCAAAGUUCCGCUCAUUGCCCUGAGAAGGAAAAUUGCACUUUGGCAGCAACAGGGAGUCCUAAAGGAAGAUCCGCCAGAUACAUUUACAGUGAUUGAGGAAGAACAGAAGGACCAGCAGGAGAAAAUGGUUUUGAUUGAUAGUGAUGAGGAGGGAGACUCUGCUAUGGCUUCCCAAGCUGAUCAGAAGGAAGAGGAAUUGCAGCUUUUCUGGACGUACAUCCAGGGCAUGUUGACAAAUCUUGAGAGCUUACCGCUGGAGCGUAUUCACACCAUGCUCAAGAUGUUUGUAAUGACAGGCCCAGUACUGACUGAAAUUGACAUGCAGGAGCUGCAGGCGUUCUUACAGAAGAAAGUGAAGGACCACCAGCUAGUCUACUCUGGUGGAGUGUACCGGCUUCCUAAAUCUAACUGCUGAGCAUAGGGCUCAUGCACAAAAAGGUCGUCCUAACUGAACAAGAACCAGUCCACUAAUUGAAGUCUGCCCCCCUGAAUUUGAGUCUGAAGUCACCUCUGUACUUCUCCCUGCUGUCUGCUGUGCAGUGUCAUACGUAGUUUUCAGUAUGGAGCAUCCACAGGAUCUCACUGGCAGUGACUCAGAUAUUGAAGCACAAAAAAGUGGCCUGGGUCACUUCAGCAAACCUUCCGGCACUGUCCCUCGCUCUGGGAUUAUACAGCUGUUCUGCCCGACCCAAAAUGCAGGAAUUAAAUCAGGGAAGAAAUGUGUCUCAGGAUCUUGCAAAGCAGCUUUUCAGGACAUGCAUCCUUGCAGCAUAAUUGUCAUUGUCUUUGUAGCACUCUUUCUCAUUCUGGGCCUCAUCCUACUGUUCUGGAAUUAUUAUUGUUCCAUUGUCCAGCAUUUCUGUGCUGAAUAAAGGAUAAUGUAAAUAAAUCACAGAGAAGCAAACUGGUAUAUGGAUUUAAGACUCCACAUCUUAACAGAAACUGUCCUGCCAAAGGGUCUCGGCCUGAAACGUUGACUGCACUUUUUCCCAUAGAUGCUGCCUGGCCUGCUAAGUUCCUCCAGCAUUUUGUGUGUGUUGCUCCCACUUCUUAACUCCCUUUUAAUCAUUUCAACUGCUUAGGCAACUCAGUAUUUGUAAACAGCUUGGCCUUUCAUGUUUUCUGGUCAAGGACAGCACUGGUUGGGUAUUGGAGGCAGUUGUGGAUAGAUCCUACCCCCUCUUAGUCGCAUGAAGAAUCCAAUAGCUUUAAUUAUCUUCCACAAUUAAGACUAGUAUUUCUGUAUCACCUUCCUCAAUCUCACAAUAUCUUAAAGUGCUGCAGCCAAUGAAAUGGUCUCUAGCUGUAGUUACUGAUAUAAUCAUGGCAGCUAAACAUGGGGAAUCUCACUUCUACUCACUGGGGGUUUGGUCUGUUUCCGUCCAGCUGGACUAAAAUUAACCAAAGCUGUAAGCUACACAGCCCAUAACUCUUUUUGUUUGUUAAAGUAAGUGAGCAUUGCAACACACAUAAGGCAGUAGAAAUAAUAUACUGGUAGUUCUUCUAGUAUGUGCUUGUUGUAUUCUUGAGAAAACUCAGAUUAUGGAAAAUUAUAUUAUUAAACAAUUGUGUCAAUGCAAAACAACUGGCAGGGGACAGAGAAUUUAAGACUUACAAUAACUAAGGUACUUUUCCUGCAUAAUUUUCAGAAAUAGAAGUGUUUUUAAUAGCUCUAAGUUGAUUUUAAUAGUGCAAACUAAAAUGCUUAAAGCUGUAUGUUACACAAUUUAACAGAUUAACCUUGCACAACAUCAAUAGAAGGGGUUGCUUGUUGGUGGUCUCCUGUGGUGAAACUGGCUGCCUAGAUUACUGAGAACAAGUGAGGUUUGAUUACUGUGAUGAGGUUACAGAGAAACAGCUUUGUGUUCUGCUUGUCAUUUGCCUAGUUCUUUAGUUCCUGAUUGAAACUCUGUUAUUACCAAUGAAACUGUGUAAUACUAAUUGUGUUCUUUCAUAUAUCAUUUAUGUUAUGGCUAAUUCAAUUCUGGAAAUGUACAUUAUUGCAGAACUAGCUGUAUAAACAUAAACUAUAAAAGAGUAAGACAUGAAAUGCUACAAAUUUAGUGCACUGACAUGGCUUCUGACUCUAACAAUCUUUUUCACACUUUAUCUCCUAACUGAAAAUAUAGUUUGAACUUGCAUCUAUUUUUGUCCUAACUUUGUUUCUGAACACCGCUCACUCCAGUGACCCCUUGUAGCAGCUCAAUCCUGUCUGUACAGGUGACUAAUCCAGUCUGCACUUAGCUUACAAGUUGCUCUAACCUUGCCCCACAUCCCUGAUGGAACAUAGAGCAAUACCCACAAUAUUGUGCUGACCUCUUAACCUGCUCUAAGAUUACAGAGCACGAUUAUGCAGAAACAGGCCCUUUAGCCCAUCCGGUCCAUGCAAAACUAUUAUUCUGCCUAGUCCCAUCAACCUAAACCUGAACCACACCCUCUUCCCUAUAUAGCCCUCAAUUUUUCUAUCAUCCAUGUGCCUAUCUAAUACAAUAGGAUUGUACAUAAUACAUCUUAAUAGUUGAUGGAAAAUAUUGUAUUAGAUAUAAUAGUUUAAUUAUAAUAUAAAAACACCAUGACGAUUGAUGUGAACUGCACCCUUUUGAUUGUACCAUUUUUGACUAGCCUAUUCCUUAUGUUCAUAAAUUGUACUUUUUAUCAACUUACAGAGAAAUUGUUUGACUGUAAAGAACUCCUGUUGAUCCAUGCCUUAUCUGUUGACUUGUAAAUUCUCUGGCUUGUCUACUACACGAGUUCCUUGGCGAUUUCCAAUAAAUAAAUGUGUCUGAUGUUUUUGUU